CGUCGCCACAAAUGCUCACGUGAUUACUCCACCACUCCAGCGAGCAGCGCAGCGACGAGCGAGGCCGAGAGGAGGUCUAGGGUUUUAGGGUUCUGCGACGCCGACGGCAUGGACUACCACCACCUCCUCGUCCUCCCCCCCUCGCCGCCGGUGCCGCGCCCCUCCCUCCUCCCGUCCCCCCGCCGCCGCCGCCGCCGCGGAGGGGGCGUCCUGGCCUCAGCGUCCAACGCCAACCGCUCCUCGGUGGCGGGGGCGAACGACGCCACGCGGAGGAGGGCCGUGCUCCUGGUCGGGGUCUCGGUGCUCCCGCUCCUCCGCCUCCGUGACGCCGCGGCGGCGGCGGCCAGGGCGCGGCCCUCGACGGUGGAUCUCGUCACUGAUAUUCCAAAGGCCGAUGGAACUCACCCUGAAGAACCUGAUGAAGAACUACUUCAGCCUGAUAUAGAAGUACCACCUCCGAGGAAUCCACUUGCAGGUCUUCUGAAUGCAAUUGCAGUUAUUGUUUCUGGUGUUUUUGCUGGACUUCUUCGUACUUCACAACAGGAAAGGAAGGCCUUGGAAUCGACCAUCUCAUCUAUGGAGAUAAAAUUUGUUGAAAAUGAGGGUGUGAUGUCUAUGCUUAGGGAAACCUAUGAGAAAAGGAUAUUGGAUGAACAAGCAGAACUGAAGAAACAAGCUAGGAAGUUCCAGGAGGAGGAAGCUUCGCUUCUAGAUCAGUUGGCUUCAUCUACGAGGACUGUGACAUCUUUAACUGAGGAAGUUCAAAGGGAGAAGGAGCUAGUUGAGCAGCUUAACCUUAAGAUAAAUGAACUUAAGAGUAGUAUUGCACAAGCAGUGGAAGACAAACAUGUGUCUGAAGGCAAAUUGAAGGAAAAGAAGGAAAUGCUUAAUACUUUGCAUGACAAGGUAAAUCUGCUUAGCCAAGAGGUAAACACCAAGGAGGAAUGCGUCAGGGAAUUCAGCUCAUCACUUUCUGCCAAGGAAGAAGACUACCAGAACCUGAAUGUGAUCUACAAUCAAACCAAAGAGAACCUAAAACAGGCAAAUUCUCAAAUAAAGCAACUGGAGAAGGAUGUUCUUACAGGUAAAGAUGAUGUAAAAUCAAAGGUAUCAUUAAUUGAAUCAUUGAAUGGGAAAGUUCAAACAUUAUACACUGAAAAGGGUGAAGUAGAAGAAAAAAUAAAUGCGCUAAUGAGACAGUAUACAGACAUGAAAACUUCUUCUGAAGAGAGGGCAUCUCACGAUUCUGAACUAUUGUUUGAGAAAGAUGGUCUGCUCAAUCAGCUUGAAGAAAAACUUUCUGCUGCAUUAAGUGACUCUAGUAAAGACAGAACUAGAAUUGCAGAGUUGCAAAAUGAAUUGGACAACACCAGAACAGUGCUAGAUAAUGAAGUUGUAGCGCAUAAAAGUUUGUUAGAUCUUGUUCAGUCCACCGAAGAGGCGCUAAGAGAUUCCAGAAAUGAGGUGUUCAAACUCUCUGAAGAGCUUAAUGAAGUAAAGAGAUCAAAUCAGGACUUGAUAACCCAGAUUUCAAAAUUCACAGAUGAGGCUAGUGAAGUGAAACAGGCUCUGGCUAACAAACUAGCAGAGGCAGAAUCAGUUUCUUCAGCUCUUUCAGAUGAACUGGCCUCGAUCAGGGAGAUACUUAAAAAGUCACAAGAAGAACUUGAAGUAACAUUGAAUCAAUUAGUGUCUGUCAUGGAAGCACAUGGUGACCUUAAUAAAGAAUUGCUGGAUGCAUAUAAGAAGUUAGAGUCCACAACAAAUGAGCUAGUUAAAGAACGUAAAAUCGACGCUACUCUAAAUAGGGAGCUUGAGGCUUUGGUGAAACAAUCAGUGAUAGAGUCUGAAGCAAGAAGAGCUCUUCAAGUAGACUUGGAUGAGGCCACUAAAUCGCUAAAUGAGGUGAAUGAAAGUACACUAUCUCUGUCGAAGCAGCUGGAAAGCACUAAUUCUAUGAUUUCUGCUAUUAAAGAAGAGAAGGAGAUGCUAUCGAAGGCUCUUGAUGAACAAAAGAAAAGUACAGUUGAAGCUCAAGAAAAUAUGGAGGAUGCUCAGAGUAUUAUAAACAGGCUUGGGACCGAGAGAGAGAGUUUUGAAAUGAGGUCUAAAAAGCUUGAGGAAGAACUGGCCACAGCAAAAGGUGAGAUAUUACGUUUGAGGAGGCAGAUUAGUACAAGUAGGUCUCAGAAUACAAAAGUUCUCCUGGACACAGGUGCAACACCGAAUACUAGUCAAUCUCCGAAAGAGCAGCCUGUGAAUGAUCAUGCUCAAAAUACCAACAGUGCUAAUGCUGGAACUCCUUCUAAAAGGGUUUAUAGGAGAAGAAAAGGUGGAGCAUCGACAUGAGCAUUAUCAGAAGGACAAAAGCAAGAACCUUCAUUCUUUCAUUUCCUCUCGUUAGUCACCUUGUUAGAACAUUUUUUGAGCCUCCAUACUUCAAACGGUAGCAUGAAGAAAUGUCCCAACAGUAAUAUUUGCUCCUCUCAGGUUGUGCUGACUCUUUUGUCGUAGCUCUAAGAAAAGAGAACCUUGCUGUAGUUCCCUAUGGUGAAGCUUUGAGAGAAUUGAGAAUGUACGUUACUGUGUACA